GCAGUGCAGCACUCACUAUAUAAACCCCAGUUGGGUCAUAUUUCGUGUCUGUCUGGUCACUGAGCCCACAGUGGAAAGAUUCGUGUAAAAAGUGUUAAUAGUGAAGUAUCGUGCCAAAAUGCCCCAUGGUAGAAUAGUAAGGCUAUCACCGCGUGCUGACUCUGAUGAUGAUUCAAGCGAUGAUGACCGUAACUACAAUGAUUCAAUUGAGACCCCAAAAUCGGUAUACGGAACAAAAGGUUCGCAACAUGCCUCCACUCAGUGCGUGGCAUAUGAAACCGAUGACGAGGCUCGUGAAACACCACCACCAGCGCAGGCUCCAAAGGGAAAAUUGACUAAUGGUUCGAACACGGGCAGUCUGCAUCAAACCAAAGAGCUGUAUAGUGCCGAUGGAACCGAACACAUUAAACUGCACCCAUUGGAUGGAUCGAACAGCGCUGACGAUUUGCCAUACUCGGGUUCGUUCCACAACGGGCACCUCAACGUGGUACUGCAUUGGAAGCAUGGGCUAAUGUCCACGUCGAACAAUUACGUGGCCAAGGUGCACAUCAAAAGAAUCGCGGAGCUUGAUCAUGCGACGGAUUUCAAGCAAGCAAAAGCCAUUCUGGAGCAGAACUUGCGUGUUUCGAAAGUUUUACUAGACGAUGAUUUGCGGAUGGUCGAGGAGGGCAGCAAGGAAUUCGAAACGCACAUGACCGAGUUGACGACCAACUCAUUUGAGAAUCCACUGUGUGCUCAGGACUUGUAUCACCUGGGAAUGCUACUUCGGAACUUCAAUCGAAACACUAAUCCUAAGGAACUACUCAAACUCAUCGUGCAAAGUAGUACAAUUUCGGAUGAAACCAAGGAAACCAUUAGCCAUCAUGUGAAGGUCGGUGAAAACAUGGAAAAGCGACAGGGAUUAUUCGGAAAGUUGUUCAACCGUACAGGAGGGUCAGGACCGCACGGUUGGGUUCAUAUUCUGGAGGAAACUGUCCGGCAGGGGGCAGCCACUCACCGGCAAAAGCUGCAGGAGCAAAGCCCACCGAAAAUGAAGGAUGUCUUGGUGAAUCUUCCGGAGAGUAACGUGUUCUUCGUCACCAAGGGGGAUUGGAAACUUUUUUCGGAUUUAGUAAUCGCAUUGGACAAUGAUGUUUUCCGGACCUUUUGGCCGAAAUUGAUGAAAAAGUACUGCACCAUUAUAAGGAACUUGGAACCGAGUAGUACGACAAGAGUGGAACCAAUUACGAACCGGAUUUAUUUUUAUCUGUUCAAAAGUUUGUGGGACGUGCUGGAGGACGUCAAACCUAAAGCUAAGAACGUAAUCAACGUUCAGUACGAUACGGACCAGUGGAUGCUCGGUGGUCCUGUUUGUUGGAAGACAGCAUCACCAUCCUUACUCGACAGAUGUUUAGAGUGUGAGCUACGAAUGAUAUUGAACAUGAUCAACCACUUUGAACCUGGAAAGCAAACUGUUCAUAAACAUUUCACUCAUAAGUUUCGAACGUUUGAGAACAUUGACUCCCAACUACCAAUUGAGUUGCACGUAUGGUUGUGCCUCCUGGACGAUACUUUUACACAGGUUUUUUCCAAGGAUAAGAACAUCAAGCGCCUGUGCUCGUCGUUGUUGACCCUCUACAAGAACCUUUCCGCAUCGGGAGCGUCAACGAUGGACUUCAUGGAAUCACUGCGCGUCAUCAGCCAUAAUACCAUACGAUUUGUGGCGCUUGCCGGGCCGUUCUUGAACUCAAAGUUCUCCUUGGAUGGGGACAUUUUGCUUGGUCAGAUCGAUUCAAUGAGCCGAACGACAGGCGCAGGUCAAGCCUCCUUCCUGGACUUUCGCGAUCAGGUGGAAGUGUUUGCUCAGUACUGGAAGCAACGCAGUGAAUUUGCAAUCGGAAUCGCUGCUAAACUCUCCGAGGACUACUUCAAGGAUCGUGCAACAGAGUUGCAAAACAUUUUGUUUCAGUGUGUGAGUGAGGCACUGAAGAAGCGAGUGGACCUGACUGAGCUAAUAAACUUCUGUCGGGCGUUUGAGGAACUCCUAGUGGACCUGCUUGAUCUCCAGCUGGAUUGGUAUGUGAGACCAGACAAUGGAAAAAUCUACGAGACCAUUAUGAAGAAAGGAGCUUUGGAGCUGGUGGACAACAAAUGGCAAGACAGCGAACACAAGUGUUACCGGGUGGUCAAGGUUGAGAAAUUUGUUAUGCUCUACUUGGGACUUUCAGACGACGACGAGAUGCCUCGCCAUUAUGUACUGGAAACUAUCAAGUUACUGUUGAACUCCAUUUACAAUAUGAUGAUCAAACAACAUUGGCAUGGAGGAGAGAAGCUCUCGGAAUCGGAACAAAUCAACAGUUCUGCACUAAUGAUUUCGUCUAUCAGGAGCUGUCUUCUGUAUCUGUGCGAGCAACCCGAUUACAUCGACUAUGACCAGUUUCUACAAGAAAACUCAAAACCCUUCGAGACCGUCUCCAACGAGAGCACUUCGUUCGAAGACUUUAAGAAGAGAGCUUUCCUGAUCAAGGAAUCGUUUUGGUACAUUCGCAACCUCAACGCCAUCACCAUCGAAACCGCGCUGGAUCUUUUCAGAAGCAGUAACCAGGGUAACUACAAUGAGGAAUAUCUACGGGCAGCGUACGCCAAGUACUGUAAUCAAUUCGAGCUAUACAUGGGACAGAACAAGGAAAUGAAUACUGAGUGUAAAAUUGAUAAAAUCAUCAAAGACCUGAAAGCUUCCGCGUGGCAUCAACUCACAUCGAGUUGGAGCUUCGAGUUCAAGCAGAAUGUUCUGCCGGAAGUGCUGGCCGCAAUGGGAGCAGUUUGGGCGUUACACGCCUCGAAGGACGUGGCCAGCACGGGACAAUAUCUUAAGCCACAUUGCAUUCAGGUUGUCGGCGUUUUGCGCCUUUUGGGAACGGACAACAACAGCCAAGGCGUUCAGAAGCAUCUCGCGCAAAUUUUAACCGGACAGGGCAAGUCACUUGUUCUCGGGAUGGCAGCGUGUACCCUGGCGCUGUGUGGUCAUUCCGUUCUCAUUCUAUGCUACAGUGAGUAUCUGGCCUCCCGGGACGAGCAGGACUUUGACGACUUUUACAACUACUUCUCGGUACGCUCGAUGAUUUCAUACAAAACAUUCGGUGAGGCAGCUACGGAUGAAUUUCUUAGAGUUUCUGGAAAUGCAAAGGCUUACAUUCACAAAUGCUUGGGAAUACCAUUUAAAGAGGAAACGAGUCAAGUUGCCAACCUGCAGAACCCAGUUUUGCUCAUUGACGAGGUAGAUGUAUUUUUCAACGAGAAUCUGUACGGCGCAAUAUUCGCGCUCGGUACAAUGCCGGUGAUUACUGGACUGGACGUAAUUCAAAGGGAAAUUUGGAGGCUUGUCACAUCGAAUACUCCCGCUCUACGGCAAGCGAUCAAUACUUUUAUCAGUACAAAUAACAGCAAAGAGGUUGUGGAAUUCCGGACAAUGUUGAAUCGACCAGGGACCUACCAAAUGUUGGAAGAACACUCGGAUCAGAUGAACGAAAAAUCUUACGACAACGCGGUGCUGGUGUCGAAUCAUAUCAAUCUUAUGAUCAAAACCGCAGAAAUUGUUCACAAGCUUAAGGAAAGUGAUUAUUUUCUGAAAAAUUUCAGACUAAGUGAACAAGGAAACAUUUCCCUCAAAGCUUCAUUUGGAAUGUACUCGGAAGAUUCGUACUGCGGUUAUUACAACACUUUUGUUUAUUUCCGCCUCAAGGGAUCGGACUUUGAGCGAGGCAAGGCAAAUUAUGGCUAUUUGGUACUUGACUUGGGAUGUACCUCGUACGCGAAACUACCAGAAAGUUACCCCUUGAUUCUCGGCGUUACUGGAACGCUCACAACCCUGAGUCAAUACGAGAAUAAGGUGAUCAAAGAGUACUACAAAAUAACUUACUUUUCAGUGAUGCCAUCCUUCUUCGGAACUUCCAACCUUGUGUUCGACGAAAGCAAGGACGUCACAUGUUGCAAAACUGCAACCGACUGGUUGAACACCAUCUUCAGCCAGAUCAACACGAUUAUCAAAAGCAAACGGUCCGUGCUGGUGAUUUUCGAUACGGAGGAAACGAUCAACACCUUCCGGCAGCAGUUUGCGGCUCAGUUUGAUCGGCUGAACGUCCUAACCAUCAACACACACCCGGACGAAAAGGAAAAGUUCAUCACCGAAUCGGGCGUUAGCAGAACCAUUACGCUGGCUACUCGCGAGAUGGGUCGUGGCGUUGAUUACAAGUCGAGUGUGGCGGUGGAAAAGAACGGCGGAGUUCACGUCAUUCAAACCUUCUACUCCCUGGACAUCAAGGAGGAGACGCAGAUCAAGGGGCGAACCGCCAGGAAGGACAAUCGGGGAAGCUACGAGAUGGUGCUUUGCUACGAUGAUCUGGUCAAGAUGAAGCUUAACAUUAACCGUUUUGAGUCCGGUGUUACUUAUCGCCAGUUAAGUGAUGCUAGAACUGUGCUGAAUUUGAGAAAUUACGAUGAAAGGGAUGUAAACGUUAAAAAAGCAAACGAGAAGCAUAGCCGAACGGUCGAGUUUUACAGCAGAGUUUAGGUUGGAAAUAUAGGAAUAGUUUCAGUUUAAUAAUAUUAUUCAAGUUGUCAAUAUACGGGUACAUUUUCAAAUGAAAAUUAAAAAUAUUAAAAAAAGGUUUGCGAUUGUAUUUAAGAUUCAUAAUUCGUUUGAUGUUUCCAAAGAGCAAGAAAAUCUUGACAAAGCUGUAGUGUAUGGUAUCUACACAUUUCUAUUCAAUCAAGAAAAAAACAGUAAUGAAUAAAUCUAAUUUUAGUUUAAUGGAAAACUAUUGUGGUAUGUAGACAUCACCUAGAAACUGAACAACAAAAUGUUCAUAAUAAAAAAAAUAAAAUGAACUUUUUCAUGAAAGUUGCUCAUAAGGUUUCCA